AUGGCCAAAGAAAAAAUCACCAGCAGGCAAGGAGGAGUGCUGUGGCAGCAGGCUGAUCACCAGGUGGAAAGGAUUCUCUUCUCUAGGCCAAGCAGCAAUGAGGUGGCCAACAGGGAUCCAGGGGGCCAGUGCCCAGAGAUGGCAGACCGGAAUGAAGAGAGAUCCAAAAUUAGUGAGUCUCAGGAGUCUGAGUUGCUGGCUGAUGCCUCAGCACAGAGGGUCACACAAGCCCCUGAUGCUGACCUAGGGGUUGAAGAUCCUGAGCAGGCCUUUGCAGGCAUUACAGGCACAGAGCUGUACUUGGAAGCAUGCAGGCUGAUGGAUGUGGUCUGUCUGGUGCCUGUCUCACACUUUGUUCAAAACUUGUCCAACACAACCAUCACCCAUCUAGAGCUGGAAGACAACUGCAUUUUGGCAGAAGGAGCCAUAUGCAUAGCAGAGAUGCUACGAGAGAAUUACUCCCUUCAAGUACUAAACACCUCUAAUAACCAUCUAUAUACAGCAGGAGCUGAAGCCAUUGCCAGUUUGCUUUUGGAUAACAUGUCCUAUCUCAAUGUGCUCCAGCUCACAGGAAACCACUUUGGAUAGAAGACUGCAUCAUACUUUGCUGAGGCAUUAAUGGUGAGCAAUUACCAAGUGAAGGAGCUGAACCUCAGCCACAGCAAGUUUUCUGAGGAAGGAGGACAACUCCUAGGACAGAUACUUGCAAAAAUGCCCGUUGACCUGAUGGACAAUAAUCCCCUGGCCAUGGAAGGUGCCACAGCACUAGUCACAUCUGCCAGAAAGAACAGAUCCUUCUCCAAAUUCAUGAUGGAUGAGAUCGACAUCUCAGAAUUAUUGGUGAAUGAAACUUUCAUCAAGUUGUGGGAUUUGGUGUGUCAAAUAUGUCCUGAACAAGAUGUCAUCUAUAGUGAGGUUGAAGGCUGUAUAGACAAGAUCCAACAGCAUUCAAGCCCCAUGGAAGUGAUUCAGGACUAUUUGAAAGAGCACAACCUACACCUUGAUGCAGGUGUGCCUCUGAAAGCAUGGCCAGAAUGCUCUUCUGGCAGGCAAAAAAACAUCCCAUUGGAUUGAGUCCAAAUUGGGGAACUAGUGCACAAGCUAGACCAGAAUCAGACAUCAGUUGUGCAUUAGAGUCAUUUAAAAGAGCAGAAGCCAGUACAGAAGCCUGUGGAAGGGAAAAUUGAGGAGGAAGAGAAGGAAGAGCUAUAA